AAGUCCACUUGCGCCUGCGCGGUGCCCCACGUGACGGUGAGGCUCCGCCCCCGCCUCCGGCCUCCCGCCUGCUGCGAGAGCGGCCUCAGCUUGCGGCAGCACCAGCUGACUACAGUGGUGAGGGCUGCUGUGGCUGUCAGGAUGGCAGAGGAGCAGGAGUUUGCCCAGCUGUGCAAGCUGCCAACACAGCCCUCCCACUCACACUGCGUCAACAACACCUAUCGAAGCACCCAGCACUCCCAGGCCCUGCUCCGGGGCCUGCUUGCUUUGCGAGACAGUGGGAUCCUCUUUGAUGUUGUCCUGGUGGUAGAGGGGAGACACAUUGAGGCUCAUCGAAUUCUGCUAGCUGCAUCGUGUGAUUACUUCAGAGGAAUGUUUGCUGGGGGAUUGAAGGAGAUGGAGCAGGAAGAGGUCCUGAUCCACGGUGUGUCUUACAAUGCCAUGUGCCAAAUCCUGCAUUUCAUUUACACUUCUGAACUAGAGCUCAGCCUGAACAAUGUGCAGGAGACCUUGGUUGCUGCCUGCCAACUUCAGAUCCCAGAGAUUAUUCACUUCUGCUGUGACUUCCUCAUGUCAUGGGUCGAUGAGGAGAACAUCCUUGAUGUCUACCGGUUGGCGGAGCUCUUUGAUCUGAACCGUCUGACCCAACAGCUGGAUACCUACAUCCUCAAAAACUUUGUGGCCUUCUCAAGAACUGACAAGUACCGCCAGCUUCCUUUGGAGAAGGUCUACUCCCUGCUCAGCAGCAAUCGCCUGGAGGUUUCCUGUGAGACUGAGGUGUAUGAAGGGGCCCUGCUCUACCAUUACCCCCUGGAGCAGGUGCAGGCUGACCAGAUCUCACUGCUUGAGCCCCCCAAGCUCCUAGAGACUGUGCGUUUCCCCUUGAUGGAAGCUGAGGCCCUUCAGCGACUGCAUGACAAGCUUGGUCCUAGCCCACUGAGGGAGACGGUGGCCAGUGCCCUUAUGUACCACCGGAAUGAGAGCCUGCAGCCCAGCCUUCAGGGCCCACAGACAGAGCUUCGCUCAGACUUCCAGUGUGUUGUGGGCUUUGGGGGCAUUCACUCCACACCAUCUACAAUCCUCAGUGACCAGGCCAAGUACCUGAAUCCCCUCUUGGGAGAGUGGAAACACUUCACUGCCUCUCUGGCUCCCCGAAUGUCCAACCAGGGCAUUGCGGUGCUCAACAACUUCGUGUACUUGAUUGGCGGGGACAAUAAUGUCCAAGGAUUCCGAGCUGAGUCCCGAUGCUGGAGGUAUGACCCGAGGCACAACCGCUGGUUCCAGAUCCAGUCCUUGCAGCAGGAGCACGCAGAUCUGUGUGUGUGUGUCGUGGGCAAGUACAUCUACGCCGUGGCAGGCCGUGACUACCACAAUGACCUGAAUACUGUGGAACGCUAUGAUCCUGCCACCAACUCCUGGGACUAUGUGGCCCCACUCAAGAGGGAGGUAUAUGCCCAUGCAGGCACCACACUGCAGGGGAAGAUGUACAUCACCUGUGGUCGCAGAGGAGAGGACUACCUGAAAGAGACGCACUGCUACGACCCAGGAAGCAACACAUGGCAUACUCUGGCUGACGGGCCUGUGCGACGUGCCUGGCAUGGCAUGGCUGCCCUCCUCGACAAGCUGUUUGUGAUUGGAGGCAGCAACAAUGAUGCUGGCUACAGGAGGGAUGUGCACCAGGUGGCUUGCUACAGCUGCACAUCUCGGCAGUGGUCAACAGUCUGCCCACUCCCAGCUGGGCAUGGUGAGCCUGGUAUUGCUGUACUGGACAACAGGAUAUAUGUGCUGGGGGGCCGCUCUCACAACCGAGGCACCCGCAUGGGCUACGUGCACAUCUACGACAUGGAGAAAGACUGCUGGGAAGAAGGGCCCCAGCUGAACAAUUCCAUCUCAGGCCUUGCAGCCUGUGUGCUCACUCUGCCCCGCUCCCUGCUCUGUGAGCCACCCCGAGGGACCCCCAACCGUAGCCAGGCAGAUGCAGACUUUGCCUCUGAAGUGAUGAGUGUGUCGGACUGGGAGGAGUUUGACAACUCUAGUGAGGACUAGGGCUCUCAUGCCUGGUGUUUGGGAGGGGGUAACCGGGGCGGUGAAGGCCAUAGGGCCUGGGUUACAUACCAGGCUCCAGGGUAGGGCCCUUCCCAAGCCCUCCUGGUUCACCAGCUGCCCUUUUCCGUUCUUGUUUCUUCGACCAGCCUGCUGCCAACAUUUGCAAACUCUAUAGCUGUGAAUUAUAUUACAAAGAAAAGUGCUACAGAAAGGCUGCUAUCAUCUGAGGGGGUGAUCAGGCCCAUCCUCUGUGAACUCGGAAGGGCUGGUAUCUCUAUUUGGCCUCUUCUUCCCCUUAGUCUGGUCCCUGAUGGGUUAAGUAAGGUCCUUCCUGCAAGAGGUCCUGGGGGCUAGCAGCUUUCCUGGCUGUGGCCAAAGCUCAUGGCUCCUUUCUUUCUGUGAACCACAUGGUCUGGUGAGCAGCUCCAGCUGCAGCCAGGACCUUGAGCAGCUGGAGAGCUCUCAAGGGACACAAGAAACCAUAUACCUGGAACUGAUCCUAAGGAUAAGGACCCUGUAGCUGUGUGUGUUUCUGACUCAGUAUUGUCGAAAAAUGAAAUAAAACAUUCUGCAAAAGGU